GGACGAGAUGGUUCCCCCGGAAGCUCUGGUGAUCCCGGUCCAAGAGGUUCCCCUGGAUCUCAAGGUGAACGAGGACUUCCUGGUCUUCCCGGUGUUGAGGGCAAACGUGGACCUAGUGGACCCGUCGGUUCCCCAGGACCCCAAGGUUCUCAAGGAGAUUCUGGAUCACAAGGUGCUCCCGGUCUUCCCGGAGCCGGUGGACAACCUGGACAGAGAGGUUCUGAUGGUGCUAGAGGAGAGGCUGGAGAACGAGGAGAACCCGGAUCAGCUGGUCAACAUGGUGCCCCUGGACCUUCCGGUGCCCCUGGUGCUCGAGGUUCCCCUGGAUUCCCUGGUUUAGAUGGUUCUACUGGUGACCGAGGACCCGCUGGAAGCAAUGGUCUCGAUGGUGCCCCUGGAGAGCAAGGUCCACAAGGUAAUGCUGGACCACCCGGACUUCAAGGACCCUCUGGAAACAAAGGUGAAAUGGGAGCUGAAGGACGACAAGGUGAUCCUGGACGACCAGGUGCACAAGGACCACGAGGAGAGAGAGGACCUUCUGGUGAACCUGGUCCAGGCGGACCUCCCGGACCCACUGGUCAAACUGGAGAACGAGGAGAGGGUGGACAACAAGGAGAACAAGGUUUCCAAGGUUUACCUGGUGCUGAUGGAGCUCCCGGAGAGACCGGUAACACUGGACCACCCGGAGAAACUGGUGCCCCUGGUGAAUCUGGACUUGCUGGUGAACGAGGUGAACAAGGUUUCCCUGGUGAAGUUGGACCACCUGGACAACGAGGUGCCCCUGGAGAACGAGGUAACUCUGGACCUUCUGGAGAAGUCGGUAUGCCCGGUCCACCUGGUAAUUCUGGAGAUCGUGGUGAUCCUGGUCCACAAGGAUUAAUUGGUCUUCCUGGAGAGCAAGGUCCACAAGGUCGUGCUGGUCCAAGAGGUCUUACUGGUUCUACUGGAGAAAGAGGUCGAGAUGGUGAACCUGGUCCACCCGGAGAGACUGGUAAUGCUGGUCCACCCGGAGCAACUGGUCCAUCUGGACUCGUAGCUGCUAAAGGAGAUCGUGGACCUUCCGGUCCUGCUGGAGAACCCGGUCCACCCGGAAACACUGGACAACGAGGUGUUGCUGGUGCCCAAGGUCAACAAGGUCCACCCGGUCUUGGCGGUGCCCCCGGAGAAUCUGGUCUUGCUGGUGAAACUGGAGCUCCUGGAUUAAAGGGAGAUAAUGGUGCUCGUGGAUUCCGUGGUGAACAAGGUCCCUCUGGUGAACCUGGACCCGAAGGUGUUGCUGGACGUAAAGGUUCUCGAGGAGAGGGUGGUACCCCCGGUACCGCUGGACAACCUGGUCAACCCGGCCGACAAGGACCCGCUGGACCACCCGGAGCCCAAGGAUCACUUGGACCUGCCGGUACAGCUGGACAACAAGGAGAACGAGGAGAGCGAGGUGAGGUUGGACCCCCAGGACGACAAGGAGAGGCUGGUGCUUCUGGAAACAAUGGACUUGAUGGUGCCCCCGGUGAUAGAGGAUCUCCAGGACAACAAGGACCAUCUGGACCUCCCGGACCAACUGGACCACAAGGUGAACGAGGAAACCCUGGUGCCCCUGGAUUCCAAGGAGAACCUGGACCUCAAGGUCUUGCUGGAGCACCUGGUGAGUCUGGACAAGCUGGACGAGAUGGUAGUGAUGGACAAUCUGGACCACCCGGACCUCUUGGUCCACCUGGAUCUCCUGGACCACCUGGAGAGCCCGGAUUACCUGGAUCUUCUGGUAAAGAUGGUCUUCCUGGAUUACCUGGUAUUGUUGGUUCUAAGGGCUCACGAGGUCUUCAAGGACGAUCUGGACCACCCGGACUACAAGGAAAUUCCGGUCCACCAGGAACAACUGGAGCACAAGGAUCUCAAGGAGAACGAGGAGAGCGAGGCGAACGUGGACCUUCUGGACAACCUGGUAGUACUGGUGCUCCUGGUAUUGCUGGAGCUCAAGGUCUUCAAGGAGAGAAGGGAGAAACCGGACGUUCUGGAGCUGCUGGAGACAAAGGAUGGCCAGGAUUACCUGGUCCACAAGGACCUCCCGGACCAUCUGGAAGCAGUGGUGAAACUGGACCUUCUGGUCAACAAGGUCCUCCUGGACAACCUGGACAACCUGGUCAACGUGGUUUGAAUGGACGACCUGGAGAGCCAGGAGCCCAAGGUCAAGUUGGACCAGCUGGAGGCAGAGGAUCUCAAGGUGAUGAUGGACCAUCUGGACCAAUGGGACCACGAGGUGCCCCUGGACCACCAGGACCCCCCGGAUAUGCCCCAGUCUUCCCACCACGACAACAACAGAGCAAGGGAGUCGAUCCUUACUAUCAAUAUGAUCAACCAGAAGAAGACUUCCUUAAAUUACCAAACUUCAACGAGAGAGUUUCCCUUGUUCAAGAAGCACUCCACCGAGUACGUAAACCAACUGGCAGCAAAUUGGACCCUGCAAUUACUUGCCGUCAAUUAUUCGAAGAUAACCCAGAAUUUGAAGAUGGUAUUUACAACAUCGAUCCUAAUAUGGGAAGUGGUAUUGAUUCAUUUGAAGUUUUCUGCAGAAAGCAAGAAGGCGAAACCUGUAUCAAAUCUGCUGCCGCCAUCUACAAACCACAAAGAUGGACUCAACAUGAUGAUGGUGGAUACUUGUUUAUGGAAGAACUUAAUGACGACAAAGAAUUCGAAUAUGCUGUUAAAGAAACUCAGCUUAACGCUUUGAAGGAUCAUUCAGAAAAGGGUCGUCAAUCAUUAACAUACAACUGUUUGAACUCUGAAGCCUAUGGAUUAAGAUUCGCCAUGGACAAUGAUGUUGAAAUCGAUUCCACCCAGACUCGUAUAGGAAAAGCUGCAACUAUUAACUAUAGAGAUGAAUGCAAUAGCACAGAUAAUGAAUGGCAUUCUGCCGUUUUUGAACUUAGAACCAAAAAAGCUAAAAUGUUACCAAUAUUAGACGUUAGGUUAUUUGACGUCGGUCGUGAUAACCAACAGUUUGGAAUUGAGGUGGGAGAAGUUUGCUUCAGCUAAACCGACGCAUCAUUUAGAUUAUUUUUUUCAAAUUAAUUCUUCAUAUUCUGGUGCUACGGGGCCAAGGAUGCCUUCAUUACAUUAAUACUCAGACACAUUGUACAAAAAGCGCCUUAUCUUAUUCCGCCCAUUUUGUUUUUAUGUAAAUUUGUAUAUCACGUGUGACUCAAGGACCUCGUUAUGGAAAAAAAAUCAGCCUCAUUUUCAAAGGAACUGUGAUGAUGUCAUUCUCCACACUGGGAAAAGACGAGGCCGUGACGUAAUAACUGUGAUGUACAUAAUAAUGUGAUAUCAACCUCACUGCCAUGUAUCAAGGACAUCUACCGUCGUCAACGAAACCAAAAUUGUAAUAUAGGAAAUUCUACAUUCAUUGUCUGGAAAAAUUAUUUGUAAAACGUGAAAUAAAAAAGAUGUCCAUCUAUUAAAUUUAAUUUGUCAUCCUGUUAUUAUUUUUGUCGGUCAUAGCUGAAGUCUUCAAUAAAAAAGAUAAAAAACCAC